GAUGGACACGUGAUGUCAUGGGUGAUGUCAUGUGAUCUGGGCAUUCUCAUUGGUCAAGGCUGUCUGUCAGGAGGAUAUGCUCUAGUGCACAUGGUCUAGCCACCCCACACACACACAAAACAAACAAACACACAACUAUAGACGAUUAGACAACAAGAUCUACACACACACACACACACACAGUCUGGCCAUGUCGAGGAGGUUAUCAAAGUUGCAGACGGAGAGGAAGAAGAGGCUGAGGUUUGCUCUGAUGAUCUUCUGCUGUGUUCUGCUGAUAUUAAUAACCCUGGCACUGGCACUGCAUUACAUCAUCAGGCACAUAAACUCGAAAUUCUACUUCUGCACUGAGUCGAUGGUGUUUGUUCCCAUCAGAAAGUUGUGUGAUAGAAAGUUCGACUGUGAUGCAGGAGAGGACGAGCUCAACUGUGUGUCCAGCCUGAGGACCAACACCACAUACCCCGUGAGAUUGAUGGGUGAGAGUUUGGUUUUGCAGGUUUUGGUUAAGGACAACACAUGGAGCACUGUAUGUGCAGACAACUGGAGAACCCAACUCACUCGAUUAGCCUGCCAGGACCUGGGAUACACCCAGAGCCCUCGGAGUAUCCAAAUACCUGUGCGGAGUCUCCAUCCUGACCUGCGGACUUCCUUUAGUGGCGUCAGUAACGAAGGCCAAGAAGCAAGCGCAAGCAUCCAGGAUGUACUCGGUGUGAGAGAUCAGUGCGCCUCAGGUUCAGUCAUAUCGCUGUCUUGCUCUGACUGUGGUGAGGUGGUUGGUGAAGAUCGGAUCGUCGGCGGUACGGAUACAACGAUCGAGUCGUGGCCGUGGCAGGUUAGUCUCCGCUGGGACACGCAACACGUGUGUGGAGGAUCGCUAAUCUCGAAGCGAUGGGUCAUCAGCGCCGCUCAUUGCUUCACUGGAAGAAUUAAAGAACUGAGCCAGUGGAGUGUACUUCUGGGCCAAACCUAUAUAACAACCUCUGGGGGGGUGUCCGUGGAAAACAUCGUCCUUAACAAUGCCUACAACUCCGUCACACAUGACUAUGACAUCGCCAUGGUCCGCCUCGCCUCCGAUGUUCUUCCUGGAGCCUCCAUCCAUCCAGUCUGCCUUCCCCCAUACCAGCUGUCAAUCACGGCAGGAGACGAGCUCGUUGUGACUGGGUGGGGCGUUGUCCAUGAGAACGGCCAGCUGUCCAACGUCCUUCAGAAAGCCACGGUUCCUCUGAUUGACAGGUCCACGUGUUCCAAUGCAUCCAUCUAUGGUUCCGCCGUCACUCCCAGGAUGCUGUGCGCCGGCUUCCUGAAAGGCGGAGUCGAUUCCUGUCAGGGGGACAGCGGGGGACCGCUGGUGUUCUUGUCGUCCCGGUGGCAUUUGGUGGGUGUGGUAAGUUGGGGAGGUGGCUGUGCUCGGAAAGGCCUUCCUGGAGUUUAUACCGACGUCCGACAGCUACUGAACUGGAUCUACAGCAUCAUGGUUAAAUAUCCCUGACGGUUUGCUGCUGUGGAGAUGUGUCAGUGGGAGUAGACGUUAUAGAAUUGUGUGGUCAUGUCUAUCGGGCCACGCAUUCACUGUCUGCAAAUUAUUUCUCUACAUAUGAGCGGAAACGUUGGGCAUUUCAGGCACUUUAUUUUAAUUUAAUAUUUUGAGUGUUCAGAUUUUUGUAGUGUUUACAAUACAGACACAAAGGUUGUACCAUGGCUUGUGUUUUAGCUCUGUUACUCGGGGAAAUGAUCAGGAAUUAAUAUUUCAAUAAAGAGAUUGAAAGGAA